AGUGAUCGUCACCCAGCCUCUGAUCUAGACCUUCCAUAUCUAGGGCUUGGGUCGGCUUGUGCAAGAAUUAUGCUCUUCACAAGCGUUCAUAAGUGUGGAUAACGCUGCACCCACGCCUCCGGAUGUUAUCAUACAGGCGGAGGUUACAAUAGUUCGGGUUGAGCUACCGACCCAAGUGGGCUUUAGAAUUUCUUUCUUUAAUUCUGGCACCGCCUCCUAUUCUCCCUUCUCGUACAAUGUUCUUCUUUUGUUAUCACAGUCAUCGAAGCUGUUGAAAGCGCUUCUUCCUUCUCCGUUCAACCCUUUAAUAUACCCCGCCACAAACUUGCGUUUCUCCAAAAUCGACGAAGCUAUGGCAGACCCAACUUCCUCGUCGUCAUCAACUAUAGGUGCCGAGGGCGGACACGACGUCGACACUCGAAGAAAACCUCAGCAACAGAAGAAGGCUUCCCAUUGGGAGUUGGUAUACGAUCAGACUCAUGUCACUCCCGAGGUUCUGAAUUGGCCAUAUAAAGGCUCGGGGACAGAAGAGGAUCCAUAUGUGGUGGAGUAUAUUGAGAAUGAUAGAAGGAAUCCCAUGCUCUUCCCCCAAUGGAAGAAAUGGACUAUCACAAUUCUAGUCGCUUUUGCUACACUUGCAGUCGCAUUCGUAUCAGCGGCUUACUCGGGAGGCAUUGAAGAGAUCCUCGCACAAUUCCACAUUGGCGACGAAGUUGCAGUUCUUGGGAUAUCUCUGUUUGUCCUUGGAUUUGCAAUCGGUCCUCUAUUAUGGGCGCCCAUGUCUGAGCUUUUCGGACGCCAAGUCCUAUUCAUUGGGACUUAUGCCGCACUUACGGCUUUUAACGCAGGAGCAGCCGGAGCACAGAACAUCCAAACACUUAUCAUCCUGCGGUUUUUUGCUGGUGCUUUCGGCUCAUCUCCUUUGACUAAUGCGGGAGGUGUCAUUGCGGAUAUGUUUCCUGCCUCGCAGCGUGGCAUGGCUAUGAGUGUCUUUGCGGCUGCACCGUUCUUGGGACCUGUACUUGGUCCUAUUAUUGGAGGCUUUUUGGGCGAAACUGAAGGCUGGAGAUGGGUAGAGGGUCUGAUGGCAAUAUUUACCGGAGCCCUCUGGAUCAUUGGAGCCUUCACUAUUCCCGAGACCUACUCUCCCGUUAUCCUUCGUCGUCGCGCCGCCAAGCUCUCGAAAAUGACUGGGAAAGUAUACAAAUCAAAGAUGGAAAUCGACCAAGGAACCAAGACCGUCAAGCAAGAGUUCAAGAUAGCGCUGUCAAGACCAUGGAUCCUCCUCUUCCGCGAACCCAUCGUCCUGCUGCUCAGUAUCUAUAUGGCCAUCAUUUACGGGACCCUUUAUAUGAUGUUUGCAGCUUUCCCGAUCGUCUACCAGCAAGGUCGAGGCUGGUCUCCUGGUAUUGGCGGGUUGUCAUUUAUUGGAGUGAUGGUUGGCGAGAUCAUCGCAGUCGCUUAUUCAAUCUGGGACAACAAGCGUUACGAAAAAGUAGAACACAAGCACAAAGGCAACGCGCCUCCAGAAGCUCGAUUACCUCCCGCAAUGGUAGGCUCGAUAUUCCUACCAUUGGGUCUCUUUUGGUUUGCGUGGACGAAUUAUCCUAGUAUCCAUUGGAGUGUGAGCAUCAUUGCAACCGCUCCGUUCGGUUUCGGUAUGGUUUUGGUGUUCUUGAGUAUCAUGAACUACCUAAUCGACUCUUACGUGAUAUACGCUGCAUCAGUCCUAGCAGCAAAUAGCGUCCUCAGAUCCCUAUUCGGUGCGGCAUUCCCCUUGUUCACAACUUAUAUGUACCAAAAUCUUGGUAUCCAUUGGGCAUCAUCGAUACCUGCCUUCUUGGCAUUGAUGUGUGUUCCAUUUCCAUUCUUGUUCUACAAGUAUGGAAAGCCUAUUCGUAUGAAGUGCAAGUUCGCAGCCGAGGCCGCGAGAGUAUUGGCGCAGAUCAAAGGUGGAGAUUCAGAUACGGCUGGUAACGAUGAGGAAGAAGGGCUGGAAGUACCUGAUGAGGAGAUGAAUCCGAAGAAGGAAGAAGGCGGAGAGGUAAACACUAGUCUUGGUGCUGAACCUAAGUUCGACGAGGACAUGGAGAGUAGGGGUAAGGAAGAAACGAGAUGAGUUAUGAUUGGCAUGAGAUGAGGUUCUUAAGCAUGAAAUAGCAUAGAGAGGGGAGCGUUUGCUGCUUUGCAUAGCAUGUAGUAAUGCGUUGGGCUAUUUGUGGAUAUUCUUCUGUUGGUUGCAUCUGGUGGCAUUGUUUAAUUUAGAUUUCAGCUCAGCUUUGUAUAAUGUAUUGAAAGUAUUUUGCCAACCUGCAUGGCCGUCCGCUGGCAUUUGAAAUAGUAUGUAGGAGGCUGGGUUGGAGCAAUAAAGGGGACUACUUCUCGCACAAGCUAGAGCUCUGUUGACAAACUCUUCUCUCUGCGAAAUGUCGCCUGCAUAUUGUGAGAGGGCUGUCUUAGACUGGGAGCUUAUCGUUAAUGUACGCAC